ACGGCGGCAAUUUGAAAAAUAAUUUUUAGUUUACAUCAAACGAAUUUGUUAGUCUCGAUUUGUAUCAAUUGAAAUGGCAAUCCCAGUUAAAGUGGCAGUCCGUUGCCGACCAUUGAACAACAAAGAAACCGAAGAAGGUGGUCAGACGUGUGUAGAUUUUCCUUCUGAAGGAUCGUGCAUUUGUCUACGUAAAAAAAUAUUCGCUUUUAACUAUGUUUUCUCACCUGAAAUACCUCAAAUAACUUUAUAUGAGGAAACUGUGAAGCCUUUAAUAAAUAAUCUAUUUUCAGGUUAUAAUGCAACCGUUCUUGCCUAUGGCCAAACGGGCAGUGGCAAGACCUAUACAAUGGGUGGUGCAUACAUAGAUGAUAUGCCUGAGGAAACUAGAGGAAUAAUACCAAGAGUUCUUAUCGAUAUUUUUGCGGAAUUCAAAACGAGAGAUAUGCAGGUCAAUGCAGGUGUUUCUUACUUAGAGAUCUAUAAAGAAGAAAUCCAUGAUCUACUUUCUGAUCAAAAAGACCAGUUAUGCAUCAGGGAAGAUUACAGCGGUGAUAUAAUGAUUCCUGGUCUAACAGAGGUGUCUGUUUCUGAUUUUCCAUCUACAAUGGCUUGUCUGACGAAGGGAUCAACAGUGCGUUCAACUGGUUCAACAGCCAUGAAUACUCAGUCAAGUCGAUCGCAUGCUAUCUUUACUGUUACAUUCACUAUCACUUCAAAGACAGACACUGUUGAUGUUCGGAAAGCUAAAUUUCACUUGGUGGACUUAGCUGGUUCUGAAAGAAUAAAGAAGACAUUGGCAGAAGGAGAUCGUCUCAAAGAAGGGAUCAAUAUCAAUAAAGGCCUUCUCUCUCUUGGAAAUGUCAUCAGCGCCCUUAGUCUUGAAGGGGGUAAACGAGGUCAUGUACCUUAUAGGGAUUCCAAAUUGACUCGAAUAUUGCAAGAUUCUCUUGGAGGAAAUAGUUACACCUUGAUGAUUGCAUGUAUCAGUCCCGCUGAUGUGAAUUUGGAAGAAUCAGUGAAUACGUUGAGAUAUGCUGAGCGUGCAAGUCACAUUAAGAACAAACCUUUGAUUAACCGAGACAAACGAGCAGCUGAAAUUCAGGAGCUGAAACAGUGUGUGGAAACCCUGAAAGCAGAGCUGAUUAGAGUCACCGGCAGUGGAGGCGAUCAUGAAGACUAUCAAUCAAUUGUGGAGAAACUAGAACUGAAAGCGAAAGAAAAUGGUAUUCUAAGAGAAGAAUUGAAAUUAGCAAUAGACAGAGAAACAGAUUUGCUGAACAAAGUCCUUGAUAUUGAAGCAUCCAGAGACACUUUCCAAGAAUGCUUAAAUUCUAUCUUAAGCCAUCUUAAGGAUUUCCUGGAAGAUGAAUCAGUGAAAGAUGAAUUAGUAGAAGCAUAUACAAGUGUGAAAGAAAAGAUUGAUAAAGCAGAUUCGUCACUGGAAAAUGUUGAAGACAGAAGUUUGGAGCAGCAAGAGGGUGAUAUAGAGAAUACUUCACUAACACAGCAACAUGUCAUGCAGCAAGCAGCAUUGGGAAAAGAAUUAAAAGAAAUUAAUGAGGUUCUUUAUAAAAAAAUGAAUCUUGUGCAACAAAUGAAUAAGUCUGAAGAGAAUAUAGAAAUGCUAAAACAUCAAUAUCAAGCUACAAUGGAUAAAUUGCAAUCAGAAGUAGAAGAUUUACAGAAAGAAAGGGACAUGUUGAAGACUGAACUUGAUACCAAAAGUAAAGCUGGAAAUAUAAGUGAAAAGAGACGCCAAAAAAUGAAAAGUUUAGAGCAAGAAAUUGAUCGCCUAAAAUUAAAAAUGUCGGAAUAUGCUCGUCUUCAGAAAUUAAAGGUGAAUGCAGAUAAAAAAAUCAGAACCCUCGAUCAAGACAUACAGAUCCUGAAAACCAACCGAGUUAAUCUCAUAAAGAAAAUGAAGAAAGAAGCUGAUGUUUACCGUAGUUGGAAAAUGAAAAAAGAUGUGGAAGUUAACAAGCUUCUACAGAAUGACAGAAAAAGACAAUUUGAAAUCCAAAAGCUACAAAGAGCUCAAGAAAAGCAGCAGGCCAUACUGAAAAGGAAAUCUGAAGAGGCUGCGGUUGCAAAUAAACGAUUGAAAGAGGCAUUAAAGAAACAAGCUCUUGUUAGGAAUGAGCGUAACAAUAAUUUUGAAAGAUAUGACGCUAGUGCAAAUGCAACAAAAUUAAAGACACUAUUGGACCAAGAAUUGGAAGUGAAAGUUCGAGUCCAGGAAGCAAAAUACCACUUAAAGAAUUUGGUUGAAGACCGAAAAACUUUGUCUUUGGAGUUGAGGCGCUUGAAAAAUUCAGAUCCACCUACAAAGAAACAUAUAGCAACUGAUGGUGAUGGCAGCCCAAAGGAGGUGAAUAUUAGUAUCAAGAAGUUAACUGAUGAAAUUAAUGACAGGAAUGUCCAAAUUGCUACUCUUCAAUCAGAAAUCCAAGAGGCAGAAAAUGAUAAAUUCAAAGGAUGCACUGAAACAAUCCGUAGCAUCAAUGAUUCUAAAGUUCUUUUGAACUUUUUAAUUGAGAAGAGUAUCAAAGAACGGGUUGAACAUAAUAACGACAAGUCUACUGUGAAAGACCUCAAAGAUAAUUAUUUGGAACUUAUCAAAGAGAAAGACUCAAAUGAAAUGAAAAUGAAAUCAUUGCAAAAUCAGCAUGAGUCAAGCCUUGUAGACUUGCAGCAGAAAUAUGAAAGCAAGAUAUCGUUUUUACUAAAACAACUGAAGAAUGGGUCAGAGGAAGAAGACAGCCCAAUGCCAAACGGUAUACACGGAGCACGUAAUACCUUUUUUGUUCCUGACACUCCAGAUGUUUUAGAUAAUGACCCAGACUAUCACCCUGAUAGCUCCAUGGAAUUUGACACACCUUAUAUGAAAGUGUCCAAAAAACAAGCAAAACCUUUGAAAAGUUGCAGGUGUAUGCGCAGUAAAUGCAAAUCCAAAGUUUGCCCAUGUUUUAAAAAGACUGCGUUCUGUUUGCCUUCAUGUUCUUGUGCUAAUUGUGAAAAUAAGCCGACAUCUUUAUUCGACUCAUCCACCAGCGAUGUGGACAAUGAGGACAACUGAAGUGUAAAGAGACUGUACCAUUCCUUUUACUCAGAUCUGAUAGUUCUACUUUAGUUCUUUCAGCAGCAAACUUUGUCUAAGGGCAUAUUUGGUAACCCUACUGUGUGUAUACGUAUAUAUAUAUAUAUAAAUAUAUAAAUAUAUAUAUGUAUAUAUACAUAUAUAUGUAUAUAUAUAUGUGUGAGUAUACAUGCUAUGAUAUGCAUUUAUGUAUGUGUAUGAAUAUAAUGUAAGUAUGCAUAUGUACACAAUAUGUGUGUGUGUAUGGGUGUGUUAAUGCAUGGUGUGUGUGCGUGUUCAAUUAUAUUCCUCUGACUGCCUCAUCUCUGAGUUGCUCAUUUCUAUUAUUUCAUCAUCGAUAUAAAUCAAGCUCAAAGAGUCUGAAUGUUGUAUUGUUUCUAUUUUUAUUUGAUUGUAUUUUCACACACUUACGUAAGACUCCAGUAUCGAAUGUAUCAUCUUUUAAUUUAGUAAGUUGAGGUUUGAGAAAGACUUGGUUUUGAUUUCUAACUGGUUGAAUGAUCAUCAUGUUUGUGUAAUGAUACCAACUCAUCUUUAGUAGUGGCACAUCUUUGAAUAAAUAUGUAUCGAUCAUUACGCUCACAUUUUAUUUAUUUACGAUUUGAGGGAGUUUUUAUUUUAAUUUUUGUAAGUCAUGUAACCGCAGGACCUCCCCUUGUUAGCUUCUACAUUUUGUAUUUUAUCUAACAAAAGGCAGAUUUUCUCUGUGUGUGUGUGUGUAUGUUUAAUAUUCAUACAUUUACACAAUUCCAAAUUUCUUGGAUGAAAGAAUUGGAAUUAAUAUUCUAUCAAUCUUUGCCUCAAUAAUCAUAAUUGAGUAGAAUCGAGUACUUUAAAGCAAUUAAGCCCCGACCAACGCCGGGCACUCCUGCUAGUAUAUAUAUAUGUAUAUAUUUCACCAUCAGGGAAGGUUAACCUUAAUUUGAUGCAGUUUGACUUUGUGCCAGGAAGAAGCAUUACUGAUGCUGCCUUCCUAGUAUGGCAACUAGAGGAAAAGCACUUAGCGAAAAAAUAAAUUAAUUAAUAAACCACUAUACACAAUGGAAUGACAGGAAGAUUAACAGAGAAAGUAGUCUUUGUGUGUGGCAGAUGUGCAGUUACAGUAACACUGAGAAUGUACAGAAAAUAGAUUUCCUCAAAUGUCUGGGUGGUGGGGCAGGGUCCUUAGAACUGGGAGGUAGUUUUUGUUACCUGGAUGACCAAAUUGGAGUGGUAGAAGUUGUUCUGGAAGUGUAGUUACUAGAAUAAGAACAGGCUGGUCAAAGUUCAGGGAGCUAUUACCUUUGUUGGUAACUAAGGGUCUCCCUUAAAAUGAAAGGCAGACAAUAAACACUAAAAAUGUAGAGAAAAUAGACUCCAUGAAAUGCAAGGGGGUAAAACUAGAAGUAGUUGAUACUUUGAGUUACCUAAGUGACCAAGUCAGUAUGGGGGUGGGUACUCUGAGAGUGUAGUUACUAGAAUAAGAAUAGGCUGGGCACAGUUUAGAGAGCUCCUACCUCUCUUGAUAUCAAGACAUGGUAACUGAAUGUAGAGGUUGUGUAAAGGUUGGAAAGAAAUGACCUACAGAUGAUUCACUGGAUGUUUAAUGUUAGUGUGUAUGAAUGACAGAGCACAAAUGAGCUGAGGGAAUAAAAGUGGGUGUUGGAGAAAAGAAGUACUAUAAUGUGAGAGAGAGAGAGAGAGAUAUGACUGUGCUGUGUGAUUCGUGUGCAAACAAGUGCUGAGUAACAGAAGUUAUGAAAAGAAAUUGGAGAAAGAGUGGUUAAAGCUGGUUUCAGAACCAUGUCGACAAAGGACCACGAGUUGUGAGAUGCUGUGCCGAAGAAGACCUGUACAUUACUUAUUCAAACAUGAUAUAACAAAAAGAUAAAAGUGAUAUGUUUCUUGUGUACAUGUGUGAAAGUGAGUGAGGUUUUGUAAGAACAUUCUUAUUUUUUUGAAAAGCACUGAUAGUCAAUAAAAUAAUUGAAAGGGAGGACACAAAGUGUUUGUAGCUUAUCAAGUAAAAACACUGGGUUUAGCUUUAAUGUUAAUCUUUGUAACAGUUAAGUUAGUGUUAACGUUCAACAUUUGGAUCAUUUAAAAGAAAUCUAUGUAGCAAGCUUAAAAAAAACUAAAUAGUGUUACUAUUAUUUUAAUUUUUCAUCAAGUAUGGAAAUUGGUUUCCUUACUUCUAGAUUUGUUUCAGUGUUAUUCUGAUCUCAUUAGUCAACAUGUUCUUCAUCUUAUUGAAAUAGUAAUGAAAGAAUGUACAUUUGUUAAUCUGUGUCAGCUUAGAUAAGACGGCUGACGCCCCCAGUUAAACCAUAUUGAUUUAUUUUCUUGUUACUUGGAAAUAUUAAGUCUGUCAUCGACCAAUGUUCUUUGUUCAAUGCAUUCCGUAAUGCAAGAUAACAAACAACCUCUAGAGUGUUUCUUUUAGGCCAGUCUAAGUGAAAUUUUGGCUCAAAUACAAGAAGCAAUUCACUGCAUGUUAACCCUACAGCAACUUCAUCUUACAUCAAGUUAGUUGCUUAAAUCUGCCAUAAAAUAACCUGUGCAGGUCACUCAAAUCCUAUUAGUGGCUUUCUCAAAGUCCACUCUCUGCCCCACAGACCUCAACUGUUUACUCACAUCUGUAAAAGUUAAGAAUGCUUCCUUAUAAUUCUUCAAAUAAGUUACCUGCCAUUACAAUGUCUGCAAGACAUCACAAAAUAAGAAUUUCUGUGCAGUUUACUGACUGCAAGCUUGCUUAUUUACUAAAUCACAGCAGUUUCUUCUGGUUUCUGUGUGGUAAAGAUACAUGGUUCCUAUGUGAUGUUAAUUGAACAGCUUCCAGUCUGUUUCCUUAUGGCCUACUAAGCUAGUCCAUUGUUGCUUAACCGUUUUAGAUGGAUUUGGGAUAAAACAGUGGAUGUUCUUAUUAACUGAUUGGCAUAGAAAAAAUGUCAGAGUUUUAGCACAACAGGUAUUUUUAGACAAAGAUGGUGACAGGAUAAAUAUAUAUUCUUAUUACUUGUAGAUUCUUGUAAUUUUAUAGCAGAAAUUAGAACUAAAUGAAACUGUUUCUUUAACCCUUUAGCAUUUAGACCAGCCAUAUCUGGUCCAAAUAUCUUACCUGUUUUAUGUUCAAGCUACUAUAUCCAGCCUCUUGUACUUACCCUACAAUGUCAUUUUUUCAGACUAAAUAAUCAAAUCAUCAAAAUCUCAAAGCUAUGAGGUAAUGCACGAUUAAUUGAAAAUAUAAGGAAGUAAGCAUUACAUUUGACAGACUAACCUGAAUGUUAAAGGGUUAAACCAGCCAUAUCUGGCCUCUCUCACCUACCCUACAAUGUCAUUCUAAAACUAAACAAUCACAUCAUUGAAACCUCAAAGCUAUGAGGUAAUGCAUGAUUAAAUGAAAACAUUAUGAAUAAAUAAGCAUUACAUUUGACAGAGUAAUCAGAAUGCUAAAGGGUUAAAAUAUUUCCUUCAAGAUACAGCUCUUGUCCUUUCAAGACUGUAGCAAAUCUAACAGUUUUACUUACUGCAGUGAUUCUGUUCAGUUGUCCUUCCUUCAUUGUAAUCAUUGGGAAAUGGACAAUUGAAUACUAGUCUAUUAAAAUUGUUACUAUAGGUUUAUAUAGUUCUGUCUUAUUGAAAACAAUGUAACUUCAUUGAAAGUUGCUUAGUGACUCCCGAAGUAUGUGUUUAUGUGUGUGUCUAUGUACGUAUGUCUGUGUAAUAUAUAUGCAAUCAUUCACAAACUUGCCAUUACACAUUUUAUAACUCAAAUUUUUCUAUCAACUGGAUAUCUACUAUGUUGUAUAUGUAUAUAUAUUAAAAGGAAUUUUUCUUUGUC